UUUCCUGUCAUAUGCUACGGUCACGUGACUGUCAUCAACAGUGCAGUUAAACAUGGCGGUGGCUACGUCUGUUUUCCACAGAGUAAGAACCGGGUCGAAAAUAGGCGCUCAGUAUGACCAAGACGGCAACCUCAUCCAGGUGGAAACCCGGGAGGAUGAAGAGCAGAGCGUGAAGCUGACAGAGAUCCUGGAGCUCCUGCUGGCAGCUGGAUACUUCCGAGCCCGGAUUAAAGGAUUGUCACCGUUUGAUAAGGUGGUUGGGGGUAUGACCUGGUGCAUCACCACCUGUAAUUUUGACAUAGACGUGGAUCUUCUUUUCCAAGAAAACUCAACUAUUGGGCAAAAAAUAUCCUUGACAGAGAAAAUUGUUUCUGUUUUACCAAAGAUGAAGUGUCCUCAUCGCCUGGAACCCCAUCAGAUCCAAGGGUUGGAUUUUAUCCACAUUUUCCCGGUCAUACAGUGGCUGGUGAAGCGAGCCAUAGAGACGCGGGAAGAGAUGGGAGAUUAUGUGAGAGCCUACUCCAUUUCUCAGUUCCAGAAGUCCCACAGCCUUCCAGAGGAUAAAGAGUUCGUCCAGAGGAAAGACAAAGCAGUGAGGGCAGUGCUGGACGUGUUGGAAGUGUACAAACCACAGAGGAAGUACAGGAGGCACAGGAAUGCAGAGGAGCUGCUGGAUGAGGAGUCCAGGGUCCACUCCACUCUGUUGGAAUAUGGAAGCCUCUGUACUAGAAUGUCAGAGCUCUUGCUGCGAUAUGGAUUCAGCAAGCAGAGCAAACAAGACAAGGUCGAUGAGGGGAAGGUUUCACUGGCCGGUGGCUCUCAGGCAGCAUCUCAUGGGGUGGUUGACGUGUCAGAGGAAGAGGACCUGCAGGCAGUAGAGGAAAUGCGAAUUAAAACGUUGAUGACCAACAUGGCUGCCAUGGCAACAGAGGAGGGGAAGCUGACAGCAAGUGCAGUGGGUCAGCUCGUCGGGCUGCAGUCUGAAGAGAUCAAACAGUUUGCUUCUGAGUACGCCGAGAAGCAGUUAGAGCUGUCCUCAGAGGAGCAUGAGCAUUAUGGCCCACUGCAGCAGCACCACAGGGUGGUCGCCUCGCUCAACAAACAGAUCCAGCAGAAGACUAAAGAGCUGGGGGAGCUGCAAGCCAAGCAUGCAGAGGUGAAGAUGGGCUGUGAUGAGGACAAGAGGAAACUAACGGAGGCUACAAAGGUGUCAGAGACUUUGGGGAAAGAGUUGGUGUGUUUGGAAGAAGUGGAGGAGCAGGCUGACAGGAGGCUGCUCGAUAAGCUGAGGGCUCUGGUGACGAUGAACGAGAACCUGAAGCAGCAGGAGCAGGAGUUCCGCACACACUGCAGAGAAGAGAUGGCUCGUCUGCAGAGGAACAUUCAGGAGCUAAAGUCUGCAUCAGGACAGGAUACAGAGGAAGAGAAGGAGAGGGACCAGCUGAUUGACAAACAGUACAACACAGGGAGAGAGAAGCUACAGAAGAUCCGCCUGCUCAUGGCUCGCAGGAACCGAGAGAUUGCCAUCUUGCAGAGGAAGAUUGAUGAGGUGCCAAGCCGAGCUGAGCUGACACAGUAUCAGAAGAGGUUCAUUGAACUCUACAGUCAAGUUUCUGCUACUCACAAAGAGACUAAGCAAUUCUUCACUCUGUAUAAUACACUGGAUGAUAAGAAAGUCUAUCUUGAGAAGGAGGUGAACCUCUUGAAUUCUAUUCAUGACAACUUCCAACAAGCCAUGUCGUCUUCAGCUGCCAAAGAGCAGUUCCUCAAACAGAUGGAGCAGAUAGUCGAGGGAAUCAAACAGAAUCGCAUCAAGAUGGAGAAAAAGAAGCAGGAGAACAAGAUGAGGCGAGAUCAGCUGAAUGAUGAGUACCUGGAGCUCCUUGACAAGCAGAGGCUGUAUUUCAAAACUGUCAAGGACUUUAAAGAGGAGUGUCGGAAGAAUGAGAUGCUGCUGUCUAAACUGAGAGCUAAAGGAGCCUCUUAGCUCCGACCCUUCUGUUGGUGUGUCUCAUUCUAAGUAAUAAAUAUGAUGCAAACCAGUUACUAAUCGAAUUACUUGGAUGACUUUCAUAUAAAAUCCUGGACAUGAACUGUGUUCUUCACAUGUGCCAGAUGCAGCAGACUGGACGACGUAAAUGCAAAUCAUUGUUUUAAUCACACCUUCUGUAACAUCAUAGUGUCACUAAUUAAGACCACGAUCAGCCAGUUCUACCUAAUGUUUUACAUUUCAUGGUGAACAUAACAAUAAAAAACUUAACCAGAGCUCCACAACAGUCUUGCAAGUCAUGACAUUGUGUUUAAUAAUACUGGGCAACUUUUACUAACUCCCCGCACUGCACUGACUGUGAACUAUACGUACGUCUUUAUGAUGAUCAUGAGUUCAGGCUGCAACAGUGAAGAGAAUCCCAUAACCUGUAAUAAUGAUGGUUUUGUGUUGGAGAGUUUCCUGGUGUAUUUACAUGCCUCUGAAGAUUGUCUUCCAUGUACCAUCCAAUCACCAUGGAUGCAGUAUUUAAUGAAUAAAGAAUUGCUUAUACAAACAGCAAA